CCCCUCGCCCCCCUCGCCCGUCUCGCCUGCCUCGGAUGUCGUGCUGCUACACGUGCCGUCACUGAGGCUGGCUGAUGACGCUGAUGCGGAUGCGCUAGUGCUGGUGCUAGUGAUGCUCUGCCUGCUCUCUCUGGUGGCCCUGUCUUUCACGUCAACAACGUCACAGCACACCUCACCACCAUCCCAUGCAUCACCGCUACUGCUGCUAGUGCUGCAGUCAGUCACUGUACCGUUGGUGGUAUAGUAGGGCGCGAACCGACGACCUUGGCCUCCUCCUUGCCCACCGCCGCCGCCGCCGCCUCCCCCAGCUCCGUAGCCGCUGUAGCCGCCGUCCCCCUGCUGAGGGGGUCCUCCCGAGUGGCGUGCGGGGUUGCCGUAGACCCCCUUGCGACGCAUAGGGCCGUAGUGCUGCAUGUCGGCAGGCGUCCGGCCGGUCUCAGCAGCCACCAGGUCGUCCAGGCUCAUCCCCAGCUUCCUGUCCAGCUCCCUCUGGUCAGUCAUCACGCCUUCAGCCACAGACGAGCACGCUACUCGCACCUCAGUGCUUCUCCUCCAGUGGAGGCUCCUCGUGGACAU